CGGCGCUCCGGGUCUGAGAGGUUAAGCCCAGCGGCGGCGGUGCUUGCCGGCCGCCAAGGACCGAGAACUAGGCCGUGGGGCCGCGCCCUGAGUAGCAGAACGAGAAUGAAAGAAGUAGAUAAUCUUGACAGUAUAAAGGAAGAAUGGGUUUGUGAAACAGGACCUCCUGACAGUCAACCCCUCAAUGAUAAUCAACAAAAGGACUGUGAAUAUUUUGUUGACAGCCUUUUUGAGGAAGCAGGGAAGGCUGGUGCCAAAUGCUUGUCCCCCACUGAACAGAAGAAACAGGUAGAUGUAAAUAUAAAAUUGUGGAAAAACGGAUUCACUGUCAAUGAUGAUUUUAGAAGUUACGCUGAUGGUGCAAGUCAGCAGUUUCUGAACUCCAUCAAAAAGGGGGAAUUGCCUUCAGAGUUACAGGGAGUUUUUGAUAAAGAGGAGGUGGAUGUUAAAGUUGAAGAUAAAAAAAAUGAAGUAUGUAUGUGUACAAAGCCUGUGUUCCAGCCCUUCUCAGGACAGGGCCACCGACUAGGAAGUGCCACACCGAGAAUCGUCUCUAAAGCACAGAGUGAGGAAGUUGACGAUAAAAGGACUUUGUCUGCUGUCUCACUGAACAACUUGGAGCCCGUUACCAGGAUCCAGAUCUGGUUAGCCAAUGGGGAAAGGACUGUCCAAAGAUUUAAUGUUUCUCACAGGGUGAGCCACAUCAAAGACUUCAUUGAAAACUACCAAGGAUCUCAGAGAAGCCCUCCCUUUGCUCUGGCUACAGCUCUUCCUUUCCUCAGAUUGCUGGAUGAAACGCUCACAUUGGAAGAAGCAGAUCUGCAGAAUGCUGUAAUCAUUCAGAGACUCCAAAAAACUGCCGAGCCUUUUAGAAAACUUUGAUAGUUUUUAUUUUUUGAGAGACUGGGAGAAAUGAUGGUUGGAAGUAGACAUGCAGAAGUGGGAGACUUCAGUGUGACUGCGCGUGUGGUUUGAGGGCUCUGUAAUCCUUUCUGAGGGGUUCAGCCAUCACAAGCUAGGAGAGUGAUGUGGCUGUAAGCCAGAGUCAGGGCACUUUCUCAACAGGCUAUUGAGAAAAAGUACCUAUUUUCAAAUACUAGUUAGCCAAUAUGAUAUAUUAAAUUAGCUGUAUCAUUAAUCUUAAUGUGGUCUAAAUUAGCAGAGUAUUCAGUUAGCUAAAUCAGCAUCAGCAUUCAAAUAUUAUUUCCAAACAGGAGAUAUUUAUAUAAAUGUUAGCUGUCUCAGUUUUAAAAUAGCAAUACAUUAAAAUAUUAUACAUGACAUAUUGAAAGCAUCGAUGUAAUUAUUAUAUUGCCUGUGCUUCAUCCUCAGAGCUUUGUAGUUUCUACUCUGUGAUGACAAAAGAUACUCAAAGAUUCAUUUAACAACAGUAUCCAAGAUAUAUACUCUUCUAGGAAUUAAAUUGUAUAGCUUAGUAUAACAUCAGUAUUAAUCUGUCUACACAGUUUUCUAUACCUUGUAUAUAAUUUUAUGGGCUGGGAACCUUGGGAACCUAGUUCAGUGGUAGAGAGUAUUUGCCAUGCGUACAUGAGACUGGUUUCAAUCAAUCAGCAGCACUAUUAAAAAAAAUCCUUUAAAUUUAUAAUGUAAAAGCACACACACAAAAAUUCUCCAAAGCUGGGUGGUAGUGGCAGAGCAGGCCUUUAAUCCUAGCAUUUUGGAGGCAGAGGCAGGAGGAUCUCCAAGUUCAAGGACAGCCUGUCCUACAGAUCUAACUACCAGGGUUACACAGAGAAACCCUGUCUAGAAAAGAAAAUAUUUACUCAUUUAAUAACUUUGAAACUGCCUACAGUGGCGCAUGCCCUAGCUCUAGCUCACACCAAGCUGGGGGUGGGGGGGCGGAGGGGAGGAGUGCUGGAGCCCAGGAGUUCCGGUCAGCCUAAGCAGCAUAGCAAAGCCCUGUCUCUUGAUAGUAACAACUUUGACAUCCGGAGAGAUGGCUCCGCAGUUCAGAGCACCGGCUGCCCUUGCUUAGAUCCAGAUUCAAUCUCUAGCACACACAAGGCAGCCCACAGCCAUCUGAAACUACUGCUCCAGGAUAUCCAGCUCCCUCUUCUGACCUCUGUGGCACUGUGCUCAAGUUAUAUGUAGACAUACUUGCAGGCAAAACAUCAUACAUAUUAAAUUUUUAAAAAUUAAUAAUUUAUGAAAUGAAAAGAUUUAUUGAGAAAGGUGGCAUUGUAUCAAAAAAUGUAAUGUCUGCCUUAAUGAAGAUAAAGAUUCUCAUCUGUUUAUAGUCUCUAGAAGACAACUUUUUAUUCAUGGGAAUGAAAAAGAAACAUGUAACUAUCUGAUUAGGAAAGACAGUUUGACAAAGGGUCAUUUGGGAGUCCUUCUCUCAGGGCCAAUACCUGGCCAAACGUAGGAGCUCCAAUUGAUCAUAAGCACUUAAGAGGCUGAGGCAGGAGGAUUACCAUGAGGCCAGCUUGAGCUACAGAAUGAGAGUCUGUUAAAUCAAAACAACAAAGUCUAUUCCUGCCCCGUCACCAGCAUAGUGCUUCACUGCCUGCCAGCUGCACUUGGAACCUUGCGUGACUCGUAGGUAUUUAGUGUAAAUGCAGGAACUCUAUGCUAGGCCUGAGUCCACUGUGCUUCACCGUGGACAGAGAAUGGCUCCACCCUCGUAGUCUCCACACUUGAGCUUUAUCCUCUUCCCAAGUUUACUUGGGCUGCCCCUCUUUAAGCUGAACUGCUCCUGGAAUAACCUGUGCCUUGCCUGCCGUCCACAGAUGAGGCAGGGCUGGAAAGUGUGAAUGAGGUUUUAAGUAAGACUCAGGAAUGACAAGAGGGAGCCUGUGCAUAACUAGAUGUCCCUUCUCUCGCCCUUUCUUCUGCAGCCCUAUUUUAAAGAUGCUUUCUUCCCUAGCUCCAGUCUUCCCCAGGCCAGACUUCUGCAUUUUGGGUGGGCAGUGUGGAAUAGAGGAGGAAGGAGAGCAUCUUUCUUUUGCCCUUUACCUAGGAAAUCAGCAGGUGUAUACUAGAAUGUCAAUAAUGUGUCAAUAAUGUUUACACAAUACUAUCAGAGCCCUUUUUAGCAAUAUAAUUUCUUUUAAAAAGGGGGUUAGUGAAAUCAAUGGUUUUAUUUUUCAGAUACAGGCAAAAACUUUUGUUAAUAUGUUUAGGAGUCUCUAAGGAAAUGUUUCAUAUAGGCCUAUCCUGAAACCUUUCUAUUUACAUAGUUAUAAUUGAUCCUCUGUAUUUUUAUGAGGAGCAUCUCACAAGAAUGUUUCUUGUGUAUCUACAAAUAAAGCCUCCAGUCUCUAAUUAACCGGAAGGCACAGUAGGUUCCUUGUGUGUUCACGUAGAGUGCAUGCCAAGGAGAGGUUCCACUGAGAAAGAUCAUCAGCAAUAACUUGCAUUUUUUAAAACUGUGAAAAUGUUAGUGUAAAUAAUGUCCUCAAAAGAUUUCCUUAAAAAUAAUCAUCUGAUAAAUCUUUUCACUUGAAAAUUCAAAAGUUGUGAAGUUGCUAAUGAAUAGACUCCUUAUUGCUGGUUGAUUGUGAAAGAAUAAGUUGCCAAGGGAAGCCAAACUUAAAGUAAGUGAACAUCUCAGGAGUAGAAUACAGUGGACCAAGUUUCUCCAGAACUGUCAUAGUCCGUUGUCUUGCAGAUGAGGUAGACAUUGAGAUACAUAUCUGAUUGUGCACAUCAUAAUUUGCUAGCUAGGUUACUAUGCACUAUCAAAGCUAAAAUAAUGGUACUUCAUCACGACCCAUUCAGUACACCUCAGGAUGUCUCCAUUCAUUGACAAUGUAGUAUUAUGUAUUUAUUUUAGUGCCUUAAUAUAUUUUUGAUGUAUUUUGCUAAUGGUAAAAUGAACUGUCUCUUAAAGAUAAAAUGCUGCUCACUGAAAGGAUCUGUUAAGUAAUUUAUACUUGUUAUAUAAUGGUUACAUGUGGAUGCUUUUGUCGGUUUUUUAUUUGGCUACAUCCUAUAGCUUGAGAAUCAAUGAUUAUUUUGAUCCAAUGAUUAUUAGAUGCCUUUUCCUUAACCAAUGUUGUUUUCAUUUCAGACUCAGAAAUUUGAAAAAGUGGUAUUUUUGUAGCUGUCUAAUGGUUGUUGCUUAUUGUGACCUAGCAUGGUGUUUCCCCCUUGUGCAUUUCUGCCACAGAGCAAACCACUUCAGUAAACAAUGCUCACACUGGGCCCACAGUCAGAGCCGCUUCCUUACCACAAUUAUAGCAAGCUUUGCCAGUUGUUCUAAAUUGUUUUGGCACAGACAAUUCAUACUCAUUAUAGAAAAUUAAAUAAUACAGAUAUUCUAAAGAUAA